AGCAAAGCAAAGGUCCUCUUCUCUUAGUUGGCAAUUAAAGCUCGAAACUUAUUGUAUACAUUAAAGCUACAACCCACAAGAUAUUCCAAAGCUAAACUGGAAGCAAAAGCAGGAGCUAGCUAAAGUAGCAGAACCACCCAAGAUUUCAGGAGCUUCGUUUCUUUUAUUUAUUUAUAAGAAGCUUCUUUAAGAAUUGAAUUCCCAGUUUUGUGUAGAAUAUUGGGUACUCUGAGAUGGGUACUCUUACCACUGCUGCUGCUUCUUUGCUCCCUUCGGAGUUUAAACCUUCACUCUCUUUAUCUGACCCCAAGAGCUCUCUGUUUUAUCAUAGACGACCACCCAAGAAGAGGAACCAAGCUUUAGUUCCUGUUGCAAGGCUAUUUGGUCCAGCCAUAUUUGAAUCAUCAAAGCUAAAGGUUCUGUUUUUGGGAGUGGACGAAAAGAAGCAUCCUGGGAAUCUUCCAAGGACUUACACACUUACUCAUAGUGAUGUUACCUCAAAGCUCACUCUGGCCAUCUCUCAAACUAUAAACAACUCUCAGUUGCAAGGGUGGUACAACAAAUUACAAAGAGAUGAGGUCGUGGCAGAGUGGAAGAAAGUGAAGGACAAGAUGUCUCUCCAUGUUCACUGCCAUAUAAGCGGAGGUCAUUUCCUUUUGGAUUUGUUUUCAAGGCUGAGAUACUUCAUCUUCUGCAAAGAGCUUCCUGUUGUUUUGAAGGCCUUUAUUCAUGGAGAUGAAAACCUGUUCAACAAUUACCCAGAAUUGGAGGAGGCACAGGUCUGGGUUUACUUUCACUCCAACAUUCCAGAAUUUAACAAGGUUGAGUGUUGGGGCCCAUUGAGGGAUGCAUCAUCACCAUCUGAUAGGGCAGGGAAGUCCCAACAGAACCAGAAGGCAGCUUCCUCAAGCAAGGAGGAAGACUUGGUGCCACAAUCAUGCCAAGAAGACUGUAGCUGUUGCUUCCCACCCCUGACCUCCAUCCCAUGGCUCCAAGAGGUUAGCCAGCCUAAUGAAACUGGAUUUGGGGCCCAGCAGAGCUUUCAGGGGCAAAGCCAAGAACCAAACUAGAAAGUUUCUUUGGUUAGUGAUUGGUUAAUGUAAGACACUAGGAUGUAAAUACAAAACCUAUUUGUUUGUCCCCAUUUGGGUUUUCAUAGACUUUGUUAGGCAAGUCAGAUAGAUUAAGUUGACGCAUAUGUAUUCUAAAUUAGGCAUCUGUCUAGCUGCUGCUUCAAGUUGGCCAAAUUAUUGUAAUGCUACGUAUAUUUGGUCAUUAUCACAUUCUUUUUCUUUUCCAUUGUCUCCUACUGUAUGAAGUGUGACAAUGUGUUGUAUACAUUUGUUUAUAUAUAUUAGAAAUUGAAAGAAAGUUCCGUAUGAAAUGUGACAAUGUGUUGUAUACAUUUGUUUGUUUAUUAAAACUGGAAGAAAGAUGGAAGUAUAAUUUUAUCAG